UUAGGCGAUGGAGCCUAUCCCUGGACCAGCCCAAGGCUCUAGGCCCCAUUUGUUAUUAGCCCAAGACCUAAUUUUUCAUGGUGGCCAAACCAACCUAGCCCUACUAGCCCUAAACUUGCCAACACAACAAAUUUUUUUUUUUCGGAAAGUUUGCCGUCUGAACCCUUCGUAGAUCCCUUUCACGUGGACGUGCUUCUGAAAGGCGUUCCAAUUUGAGAAAUGGCUUCUUCCUCUUUUAAAGUCGAACCCUCUGCUCCCCCAUUUCUUCAUAGUAGCAGCCCGGAGAGAGAAACAUGGCUUCUCCCUCCUGCAUCCUACAGAUCGAAACAGAGAGGCGCAUGGCUUCUCUCUCUGGUUCGCUACCAAAGGAACUGUUGAUGAAGGUCUUCAUACUACUUCCAGUGAAGACUCUCUGCCGAUUCAGAGCAGUUUGCAAAUCAUGGGAAGGCCUCCUUUCUUCUCAAUCCUUCCUCCCUUCCUCCCUCUCAUCGCCUCGACCUUUUACUCUCUUCCUCAAAGAUUGCGAUUAUGGUAUCAAGAAGAUGUUUUUUCGGAGCAAUUUCGAUCCUAGCAAUGCUUUAUCCUGUAACGAGACACAAUUUCAGUGUGAAGAUGACAUUAAAGGUUUCGCUUGCAGUAAUGGCAUGGUAUGUUGCCUGAUCGGAUUGGGAUCUUCUGUUAAAUUGUCCAUUGGGAAUCCUCUUGCACAGCAAAAUUUCUGCCCUAUUCCAAAACUGGAGACUUCGAUAAUGAGUUUUGGGUUUUCCUUCGACCCCAAUUCCCGAAACUUCAAGAUCUUAGUGCAUUCCUACCCCUAUGACAUUUGGAUAUUCGAUUCAUCGGUGGGGAGUUGGAGCUUGCUAAAUGCUCAGAGGGGAAUUAGUCUACUUCCUUUGAGUUCAUUUGUUUGUAUUGGCACAACCUGGUAUGCCUUGUCGAAUGAUCAACAACUUUUAGUAUCCAUCGACACGAAGAGAAAGAAAUGGGAAAAGAUUUGGACCCCAAUUGGCUUCGGGAUUAUGGGGGCAAAUGGGUUUUCAUGCGAUAAAAUACAGGAGUGGAAUGGUCGACUUUCUUAUGCAAUGGUGACAAAUGAAGUUUUGGAGGCAGGGAUUUGGGUUUUGUAUGAAGACAAUCAGUGGGUUGAGGUGAUGACUUUGGAUCUGAAGGAAUUGGGGCUCCGUGAUUUCAGACUUCAUCCGGUUGUCUGGUUCGAUGAGAUGUUCGUUAUGGAGAAUGAGGACAAUUGUGUAACUUAUAAUUCUGUGAAUGAUCAGUUAAAGUCAUUUCCACCUCAAUGGUUCAAAGGACACUUGGUAUAUCGCCCUACCAUGUUCGCUUGGAAACAGAUGGAGGCGUCUAGGUGGAGUAGUUUGCUAUAAGGAGUAGUUUGCUAUAAGGAUUUUAAAGCAACUGUUUUUCAGCUUGAAAGUGUUGGCGUGAACUGUAACGGGAAAACCUUUCUAGAAAACAUCCAUAUUUAUUGAAAAGCAAAAGACACUUGCCAUUUGGAUUGAUGAACAUCCAUCAAACUAGAGAGAGAAGUGAAAUAAGCAUUUUCCUUUUCAGUAAGUGGUUUUGAUGUACUGCACCGCCUCGGUAUAGCUGUAACCUUGGGGGAAGUAAAAUAAGCAUUUUCCAUCAGUUGUCUUUUGAUGUGUGACUGCACCGCCUUGGUAUACAUUAUACAGUGAUGUAUGUUUGCCCUGCCUUAGUGUAUUGUGAAGUGAAGAAAUGUAAGAGUCAAAAGUGGAGAAAGUAUAAAAAGUGAAGGGCGUGUUUUGACGCUUGGAAGAGGGGGCCACAUCUCAUAGAAGGGGCAGUUUCCAAGGAAAAAAGGGCUUUUGAUGUUGAGUGUGGGAUGCCGCACUUCUAUUUUGCGGCUUUCAUGCUCCUGCAACAAAUGCAAAAGGGAGAUUUGGUCGAACUUGGGUCUCCGGCUCUUAAAGUCCCACCAAUCAAACAUACCCGAAAUAAUGGAUGCUUUGAAUCAAACCAUUGUGGCUACUCUACCCUGUCUUUUGUCUGGAUAUUGGAUUUCCAUGCCUUUGACUUGCCUUGAUGGAUUAUUCUAGUCGGUGUUUUAAAAACCGGACCGCCCAGUGCCUAGGUGGUUCAGAAGGCGCCCAAGCCU